GACGGGGGCUGGGCAGCUAGGGAGGCCCAGGCGACGAAGCCUCCCGGACGGCGAACGGCAGGCGGUGGAGGAGGAGACGGCAGGUCGGGGCCCGUAUCUGACUUGGGCUGGCCUCGGCCCCGGCCCGUCUUCCUGGGCUGUGACUCAUUUGAAAGACUUGCUUUCUUCUGGUGUGGAUCUGCCCUCUCGUGCUGGCCUUACCAUCUCAUUUUCCCCGCCUAAACUUGAAGUGCCUGCGGCAUCCCACUCGCCCCAUCUUCUUUAAAUAUCUGCUCCCAAUACUUCCUUGCUGUGGAUGCAAACUUCAGGGUUUUCGGUGUUAAGCCAGAAAAUAACCAGACUUCCAGGAAUUCGCUGUCCAUUGCCUGGUAGUACUUUGGCAUUUUAAAAAUAUUUAAUCAUUCAUGAGUUGAGCUUCAUUCUUGAGUCAUGGAUGACAAGGCUUCUGUUGGAAAAAUCAGUGUGUCCUCAGACUCAGUAUCCACUCUUAAUAGUGAAGAUUUUGUCUUGGUUUCCAGGCAAGGAGAUGAGACACCAUCUACAAAUAAUGGGAGUGAUGACGAGAAAACAGGACUCAAGAUUAUAGGGAAUGGAAGUGAGCAGCAGCUGCAAAAAGAGUUGGCAGAUGUGCUAAUGGAUCCUCCAAUGGACGACCAGCCAGGGGAAAAGGAGCUUGUGGAAAGGUCGCAACUGGAUGGUGAAGGAGAUGGGCCUCUUUCUAAUCCGCUCUCAGCUUCAUCCACCAUUAACCCUGUGCCAUUAGUAGGGCUCCAAAAACCAGAGAUGAGCCUGCCAGUGCAACCUGGACAAGGAGAUUCUGAAGGGUCAAGUCCUUUCACACCAGUGGCUGAUGAGGACAGUGUGGUCUUUAGCAAGCUAACUUACUUAGGCUGUGCCUCAGUCAAUGCUCCCCGGAGUGAAGUGGAAGCCUUAAGGAUGAUGUCCAUCUUAAGAAGCCAGUGUCAGAUUUCACUGGAUGUAACCCUAUCAGUGCCAAAUGUGUCUGAGGGAACUGUGAGACUCUUAGAUCCUCAGACAAACACUGAAAUAGCAAACUAUCCUAUCUACAAAAUCCUCUUCUGUGUCAGAGGACAUGAUGGAACUCCUGAAAGUGACUGUUUUGCUUUCACUGAAAGUCAUUACAAUGCAGAGCUCUUUAGGAUACAUGUCUUCCGAUGUGAAAUACAAGAAGCUGUAAGCCGGAUACUCUACAGUUUUGCCACUGCCUUCCGCCGUUCUGCCAAGCAGACCCCACUUUCAGCCACUGCUGCACCCCAGACUCCUGACAGUGACAUCUUUACCUUCUCUGUGUCUUUAGAAAUAAAAGAAGAUGAUGGUAAAGGUUAUUUUAGUGCAGUUCCUAAAGAUAAGGACAGACAAUGCUUUAAACUACGCCAAGGAAUUGAUAAAAAGAUUGUCAUCUAUGUGCAACAAACAACUAAUAAAGAACUUGCCAUUGAAAGGUGUUUUGGUCUUCUCCUUAGCCCAGGAAAGGAUGUACGAAAUAGUGACAUGCACUUAUUAGAUUUGGAAUCUAUGGGCAAAAGUUCAGAUGGAAAGUCUUAUGUUAUCACUGGGAGUUGGAAUCCAAAAUCUCCACAUUUUCAAGUUGUAAAUGAAGAAACUCCUAAAGAUAAAGUGUUGUUUAUGACUACAGCUGUUGAUUUGGUAAUAACAGAAGUACAGGAGCCUGUUCGAUUUCUUCUAGAAACCAAAGUCCGGGUUUGCUCACCUAAUGAAAGGUUAUUCUGGCCCUUCAGCAAACGUAGUACUACUGAAAAUUUCUUUUUGAAACUAAAACAGAUAAAGCAAAAGGAGAGAAAGAGCAACACUGACACUUUAUAUGAAGUUGUGUGCUUGGAAAGUGAGUCAGAAAGAGAGAGGAGGAAAACUACAGCCAGCCCCUCCAUUCGCCUGCCACAGUCUGGAUCGCAGAGCUCAAUGAUACCAUCUCCUCCAGAAGAUGACGAAGAGGAAGAUAAUGAUGAACCCCUAUUGAGCGGAUCCGGCGAUGUAUCCAAAGAAUGUGCAGAAAAAAUUCUUGAAACAUGGGGAGAACUACUGUCAAAAUGGCAUCUCAACUUGAGUGUGAGACCAAAGCAGUUGUCGUCUUUAGUAAGAAGCGGUGUUCCUGAAGCUCUUCGAGGAGAAGUCUGGCAGCUGCUAGCAGGUUGUCACAACAAUGACCACCUGGUAGAAAAAUACCGAAUUCUCAUCACAAAGGAGUCUCCUCAGGACAGUGCUAUCACCCGGGAUAUUAACCGGACAUUCCCAGCCCAUGACUACUUUAAGGAUACAGGAGGAGAUGGACAAGAUUCCUUAUAUAAAAUAUGCAAGGCUUAUUCUGUAUAUGAUGAAGAGAUUGGCUAUUGCCAGGGCCAGUCAUUUCUUGCUGCUGUUCUGCUUCUCCAUAUGCCUGAAGAACAGGCGUUCAGUGUUCUGGUCAAGAUCAUGUUUGACUAUGGUCUCAGGGAACUUUUCAAGCAGAAUUUUGAAGAUUUGCAUUGCAAAUUUUACCAGUUGGAGCGCCUCAUGCAGGAGUACAUUCCCGACCUGUACAACCACUUCCUGGAUAUAAGCCUUGAAGCACACAUGUACGCCUCCCAGUGGUUUCUCACACUUUUCACUGCCAAGUUCCCUCUCUACAUGGUCUUCCAUAUCAUUGACCUGCUGUUGUGUGAGGGAAUCAGUGUUAUUUUUAAUGUUGCCCUUGGAUUAUUGAAGACGUCGAAGGAUGACUUGCUUUUGACAGACUUUGAAGGUGCCUUGAAGUUCUUCAGGGUCCAGCUUCCUAAGAGGUACCGCUCGGAAGAGAAUGCAAAGAGGCUCAUGGAAUUGGCUUGCAACAUGAAGAUUAGUCAGAAGAAGCUGAAAAAAUAUGAAAAGGAAUAUCACACCAUGAGGGAACAGCAGGCCCAACAGGAAGACCCCAUCGAACGAUUUGAGCGGGAGAACAGGCGUUUACAAGAAGCGAACAUGAGGUUGGAACAGGAAAAUGAUGACUUAGCCCACGAGCUUGUGACCAGCAAGAUCGCGCUGCGCAAGGACCUGGAUAACGCUGAGGAAAAGGCAGACGCACUGAAUAAGGAGCUGCUUAUGACCAAACAGAAGCUGAUCGAUGCAGAAGAAGAGAAGAGACGGCUGGAAGAGGAGUCUGCUCAGCUAAAAGAAAUGUGUCGGCGGGAACUCGACAAGGCAGAAUCUGAGAUUAAAAAAAACAGUUCUAUCAUCGGUGACUACAAGCAGAUUUGUUCUCAAUUGAGUGAAAGAUUGGAGAAGCAGCAGACAGCUAAUAAAGUGGAAAUUGAGAAAAUUCGGCAAAAAGUAGAUGACUGUGAGCGCUGCCGAGAGCUUUUCAACAAAGAAGGGCGCAUAAAGGGCAUCAGCGCAGCUAAGGAAGCUUUAGAUGAGGACACAGAUGAGGAGAAGGAGACGCUCAAGAACCAGCUGCGAGAGAUGGAACUGGAGCUGGCCCAGACCAAGCUGCAACUGGUGGAGGCCGAGUGUAAGAUACAGGACUUGGAGCACCAUUUGGGCCUUGCCCUAAAUGAGGUACAAGCAGCCAAGAAGACGUGGUUUAACCGAACACUGAGCUCCAUAAAGACAGCAACUGGCGUUCAAGGGAAAGAGACUUGCUGAGAGCAGCUGCGGGCUCCAGACACCAUCAGAAAACACAACACCUUUUGUUGCCUUCUUUGGCCAGAUGUGUGAUUCUGUGACAUGUCCCAGGACCAGAUGUACCUAAGUCAGAUUCCUAGAAGCAUAUUGGUAGGUCAUUGGCCCAGAGCUCCUGAAGCAGGCGCCUCUGGGCUAAGGCUCUCCUAACUACUGACACUAACAGGCCUGCCAGCCCAGCGGCUGCUCUGGACGCUCUAGGAAAUCACUCCCAGGCGACUCCCAGGUUCACCCAGCCCACAGGCUGAGCUGACAUGAUCAGAGUUGGGGGAACCCUUUCAGGCUGUUGGUUUUUUUCCUAAAUCUGUAACUUUUUUUUUUUAAUACACGUUAUAUAUACUGUGGCUGGGUGGGGUGGGGCAGAGGAUCAGGAACUCCAGUAAUUCUUACCUGCGUCAGUGCCAGCAGAGGGUCCUCUGGGUAAUGGAGAAGCACUUUGUUUUAAAGAGGAGGGUUUCAUGGGUGCAGUGAAGCAGCCUAGUUUUGUUAAACUAUAUGAUGCACAGGUUUUGGUUUGGCAUUUUUCACGUUUCAGAUCAAUUCUAUGCAACUCUCAUGGUUCCUGUUGUUUUUUAGUGUUAGCUGCCAAAAUGACUUCACAGGGCUGGGGUGGGUGACCAUGAGACUGGAUUAAUCAUAAUGUGGACAAAUCUUAUUUUGCUCAAUGUGUCAUGUGUGUAUAUGUAUAUAUAUAUAAAAAUAUCUUUUCCCAAUGCCCCCAAAUGACAGUGUUUAAAUCCCAGACUAGGACUGAUCUGCACAACUUAAUUAUGUGGUUAUGUGGGCACUUAACUUCACUCCAGGUCUGUUGGGUUCUGCUCUCCUCCCUGCCGUUCUGAGAGUUGUGACAAGCUCCCUCACUUCGAGAUUCCAGGUGUUUUGCACAACAGAUUGUGUAAGUGAGGAGGACACUGAGCUCUGUGUGUCUGUGUAAAUGUACAUGUGGGACGCCCAGGCCCCAUCCUGCUGGCCCGUGUCCUCCCCUGGAGUGUGGCUGGGUGCAAACCUCGCUGUUUAAAUGGGCUGCAAGUUCUCGCUUCAAAACUAUGGAAUGGAGGUUUUAGCACCUUUUUUUAAACAAACACAGACUUUUAACUUCUAUAGUGAUGUGCCGGCAGGCUGUCUUGCAGAUGGUUCGUCGUCCUCUCUGCGUGGUUGGAGGUAGCUGGUUACAAGAGGCGCUGGUUUGUAUGUAGACACUUGGGUUGUUUUGUAUCUUUUCCCAUUGGCUGUACUGACGCUUGCUGAGGUCAUCUGUGUUAACGUGGAGGUAACAAGUGGCAAGCCCUCCUCCCACCUUCCCCCCACCACUUUGUGUCUUUCUUGUUCAGUUACCAAAACAGCUGUAAGCCCGUCUAAAUCUAGGUGCGUGGACAUUGUGUUAGGGUAGUCUUAGUGUGUUAACUUUAUGAAUUGAAAUAUAAACCAGUAAAAUUGUAUUACUAUUUCUUCCGUUGGUUUUAUUUUAACAGCAUAUUCAUUAAAUAUUUUGGUACAAACAGCA